AUAAUAACUAUACACCAAAGUUCAAACUGAUAUCGACGGUACGGUUACAAAUAUAACAAAUAAAAGGGUGUCAAAGUUUAUUUAUUACACAUCUUAAUCUCAAUGUUCACUCACAAACAAUUACUCAAAAAAUAAUUCAUUAAAACCAAUAGAAACUAAUUAAAGAUGACUAGUGAAGCUGUAAAUAAGAGCAACCAAGAUUCUAUUGGACCGGAGGGUGAAUUCUCAACUAGGCGCGCUAUUUUAACUGUUGGGUUGAUUUUUUUAACCUCAUUUACUGCAUUGUUAUAUGUAUACACUAAUUUUCCGGAUUUAAAUGAAAAUGAGCGGCAGCACCUAAAGCUCCCCUUAAACAUAGAAGAGGCUAAAAACUUAGGAGGACUCCUAGAAAGAUACAAAGAGCUCUACUACAUCGAAGUCCUCGCCGGAUUAUUUAUAACCUACAUCUUUCUCCAGACCUUCGCAAUUCCCGGCUCGAUAUUCCUGUCCAUCUUAUCCGGCUUUCUAUUCCCUUUUUCUCUGGCCCUAGUUUUAGUCUGCACGUGCAGCGCAAUUGGCGCGUCGCUCUGCUACUUAUUAUCUUCAUUAUUAGGAAGAAAAAUAUUGUUGCACUUCUGGCCAGCGAAAAUACAAGCAUGGUCCAAGACUGUCACUCAGCAUCAAGACAAUCUUCUAAGCUACAUGCUGUUCUUGCGAAUAACUCCUCUGUUGCCUAAUUGGUUCAUUAAUUUAGCUAGUCCUGUUUUGGGUGUCCCUAUUGUGCCUUUUUGUGUAGGGACAUUUUUGGGCGUCGCUCCGCCAUCCUUUGUUGCUAUUCAAGCUGGACAAACUCUUAAUAAAUUAACCUCUUCCACUGACGCUUGGUCUUGGACUAGUAUUAUUAUAUUAUUUAUUUUUGCGCUGCUAUCACUAUUGCCUGUUUUAUUUAAAAAUAACUUACAAAAAAAAUAUAAUUAA